AUGAAGUUCAGUGAAUCAAUUACUAAAAGUAAUGAAUACAAAGUGAGUACUGCUGAAAGCAAAAAUAAAUCACCAAGUCAAAAUGGCUAUGAAAUGCCCCUGGUCUAUAUUUGGAUCUAUACACUUAUACAUUUUUUUAAUCAUCUAUUAUUUGGUCUGACCCAGUCUAUGGUACCGCCAGCUUAUGUAGACUUUAAAUUCACGACUAAUGCAUCGCUACCAAUGAUUGGAUUGAAUCCCACAUUUCAAGGAGUGGGCAUAUUUAUUGGCUCAUUUGUUACCAUUAUAUUCAAAUGGGUUAAUAGACAACUAUGUCUAUGUUUUGUAGUAGUUAUUAUGUCAUUGAGUACCAUAUUUUUCCCCUGGGCUACAACACUGUGGCAACUAUGGCUGUGCUCUCUACUGUAUGGUUUUGGUGUGGGCAGUUGGAACGGGUGCAAUAAUGUGGUAUUGGUUGAAAUGUGGAAACAUAGAAGUCCAUCAAUGCUAUUGUUUGCUCAGUUUGUUUGGGGUGUGGGCACUAUAUUGGGACCAUUACUAGUGGAAGCGUAUGUUAUUGGCAAUGAUGUCUGUCCAGGUGUAACACAAGAAGAGUGUCACCGACAACAACAACAACACUCAAAUCCUACUACAGUUGAACCAAACAGCCGGUGCACCGAAUGGUGUUUGAAUUUCGAUAGAAGACCUCAACUAAAGAUACCGUUUCUUAUAGGCGGUUGUUUAGAGUUAUUGGGGCCGUUAUGUUAUUUUAUUAUGUUUUUUGUUAACCGCUAUCGCUAUGUGAAGGAUGAGUCCAGGGAUGACAUUGAAGACGAAGAGAAAAAACGUGAGGAACGGGAGACUCGAAAGAAGAUUGUGCCGAAGUAUAUGAUCCUCGGGUGUAUGUCAGUCGUAUUUUCGUGCGGCAUAUUAGCCGAAAACCUGUACAACUCGUUUGCCGCCACAUUCUUUCAAUACCAACCCGUACUACAUGUUUCAGCGUCUAAAGCAUCAAUUAUAUCGUCGACAAUGAACGGUGCCUUUAGUUUGGGUCGUUUCAUAUGUAUGUUUGUGGCCGUAUAUGUCUCGCCCCAGAAUAUGGCGCUCGUGGAGCUCAUCAUUACAUUAGGCGGCUAUAUAUUCCAGAUAUUUGGACAAAACGAUCUGAUUCUUCUAUGGAUAAGCGCUAUUAUCAUCAGUCUGGGCUUCUCCAGCAUUUGGAUCUCUUGUUUCUCAUUUAUUGCCCGGUAUAUGACACUCACCGAUAUGAUUGGUGGUUGGAUGAUAGGUCCGUGCAAUAUAACAUACAUAGUGUUAGGCUAUUUUAUUAGCGGCUUUAUGACAACCAAUCCGUCUAUAUUUUUAUACAUCAGUACAGCAGGUGUGGCCAUAUCGAUAGUGGCACACAUUGUGGCCAUGAUAUCGGUUAGACAUGUGCCCAAAGAGCUAUUGCUCAAUGUUGACCCUGCUCAAACAGCACAUUAAAUUUAUUCAUAC